AACAUAUAUUUCCGAGGAGUGGAGGCAUUGCCCUUAACUGCUGAUGACAGUGCAGAUUUAUUUUUUCUUUCUCGGUAACUGUUCUUGGAUUGUGUGGAAGUGUACACUGGUCCCAUAACGGUUAUAAAAGAGGAAACCAAUUUGUUCCGACUAUCACAUGCACAGCACAGCACUGUUUUGGUCGCGGGCAGCAUAUCAUUCUUAGGAACGUGAUCAGAUACCACAUGACUCAUCUAUUCAACGUUAGGGAAAUCAAAUAUUUAUCUGGGGACAUGGAUCAAGUUUACCUCAAACUUUAAUUAAACUGUCUUCUCUAGUAGCCUACUUGUGUUAGCGGACUAUUUCUUGGUUUCUUAGGGCAGUAAGAGCGACAGAGAGAGAGAACCGGAACGAAGAAGCAAAUGAUCUCCUAAGAAGAGGACAUCGGAAUUAUUUAUGAACGUUGUUGAGGCUUGUCCAAAUAGCCAGACAACCAUGCUAACACCAGUGCAACUUUUUAUCACAUUUGUGCUUCUCGUGUUGAGUUUGGCAGACGAUAAUAAACUAAAACACAAACCAGCCUCAAAACCGGUCCGACUGUUCACAGACGAAGAUUUAAAAAGGUACGACGGGAGUGAGGACGGGCAUCCCAUUUACAUGGCCAUAAAAGGAGUGAUAUUUGAUGUCACCAAGGGGAAAGAGUUCUAUGGGAAAGAUGGACCAUACAAUGCCUUGGUUGGAAAGGACUGCACAAGGGCUGUGGCCAAAAUGUCCCUUGAGCCAGCUGAUCUGACUUCUGACACUACGGGCCUUACUGAAGAGCAGCUCCAAUCCCUAGAGAGUGUAUUUGAGGGCACGUACAAGACAAAGUACCCUAUUGUAGGCUACACUGCCAUACGCAUCCUCAACCAGGAUGGAAGCCCCAAUGAGGACUUCAAGCCUGAAGACCAACCUCAUUUUAACAUCAGAGACGAGUUCUAAUCCAAAUGAUUUUUGUGGGUACUUUUUUAUUUCUUUUUUUUUUUUUCUGAUUUAUAUUUUGGUACGCCAAUAAUAAACUGUGGAGACCAUGAAGAUUCAAUACUGUGUGAUCCUCAAUUUGCUCAUGAUUUGAAAAAUGAUUAUUUCUGAAUUCCCAGUCAGAUCCAUUUGUUAGGACUGCAUGUCUACAUUUACAUUUACAUUUAAGUCAUUUAGCAGACGCUCUUAUCCAGAGCGACUUACAAAAUGUCUAGAUGUUCUGUGAUGAAGCCCGUAAGGGUGGCCUUACCAAGAGAUGGGCAGCCAUGUGUUUCAGCUCUAUUCUCCUUUACCUUAUUUGGAAACCAUAUUUAUAUCUUUAAAAGAGAUGUUUUUUUUUUUGAUAUAAUUUUAUGUUGACGUCAAUGAAAACAACAUGGAAUGUUUGUUACAAUGUUGUUAGUCAAAUACACUUUGUAAAAUGUAUUUCCAUUUUAAGAACUGAAUGUUUUCCGUUGAUCAUUUAAAGCAUUGUAAUUGGUUAUAAUGAGCUAUGAAGCUGCACAGGCCCUAUACCAUUAAUUGAAUGUUAAAGUAGUUUAAAACAAAUAUAUUAUUAUUAUUAUUAAAAUAGUAGGAGCGAAA